GCGUCGCGCGGCACUUUAUCCGUGUAAAUACGAAGGAAGAAAAACGUCCACUGAGGACAGCUCUCAUAUCUGUGAAGGCUCACUUGUGAGAGCCUCUGUGUCGUCGAGGAUUCAAAGAGAGGAUAAACGACUGUCGAAUACAUUUAUAUAUUGAUGCAAUGUGGAGGAGGCUUGUCCCUUAGGGUGAGCAUUGCACAUCCAGCAUUACAAAACGGGGGGCUAGUAAAACAGGUUAACGUCCUGUUGCGGAGCGAGUACACACCUGUGCGUAGAUAUUUUUCCUGCUGACGAUUCGUUAUUCAUAAGUGUGUUUCAUUGGUUUUGCUGGAUAGCAUCGAGAAGGAAAAAAGGCAUCGCUUGGCGUUUUUUUUUUUUUUUUUUUUUAAUAGCUGUAGAGGACUACUCUUUAGGUGAAGGCACGCAGCAACAGUGUAGACCGGACACAGAUACGUAAUUCAUUUGCAACAAACGGGAAAGUGUGGAUGAUUAAUCACAAAUAAAAUGUAUGUACCCGAACAGAUAUGGUGCCAAAAAGCUAAGUGAUGAAGACGUGAGGGUCUUGGCCUUUGAAGAACCUUGGAAGACUGACAGCGGUGGUGCGGAAUGUUACAUUAACAGGGAUAAAUAAAUAAUAGCCUUCAGUAGCCAGAGGCGCACAAGACGCAGGAGCUUCAAUACAGCGCUGACCGCGGUGCUGAAACGUCCGCAUGUUUAUCACUGAAAUCUCGUCUACUUUCGGCGUUAGUGUCCAACACUGAUGAAAGAUACAGCCCUAGGGAGACCAUCGAUCGAAUUUAAAAAUGCUUGAAGAGUUAGAUCUGAAGUAUCGUGCAAAAUCUGAAGAGAAGACGGCAUCGGUAUUCGGUCUGAAAUUGGAACGCAGAGCGUAGCCAAUGAAGAGGCUGCAAUAUCUCUGCCUGCUUGGAUGAUAUACAAACUGAAAGGACGGUGAAACAUGUCAGAAAGGUAAAGAGAAGCACCGAAGAAAGAACUGAAGAAGGCCGCCUCUGUAUGGAAAAUUAUUCUGCUGCCAUGAUACUACAUGGGCAUGCAGAUGCUAAUAUCCGCCAACAUGAUUCCCUUCGCAACAUACCUGAAGUUGAAAUUAAUACUGAAAAUACAUAUUAAGCGCGGACUGUAGAUGUUGCAGUGUUCUGAUCCUCUGGGAAACAAGAACGAUCCACACGAAAAUCGUGUUUUAAAAAUGCGUAACGUGGCAGACAAUGAAGUAAGUUUAGAACAAGUGGAUACCUGAAGUGCGUUGGACACAGAACACAGCCUUUUUUAUUCGCCGAAGAAAAUACUUUCAGCAAGACAUGGCUCGUUUUUUGGUUUUUGUGAACUCAGUCGUUCUGUUGCUCUUUGGAAGUGACAUGUUCUUGGUGCGAGCCAACCGCCCCCCUGCUCCCGUCAAUGUGUCGGUCAUGCACCUGAGAGCAGACUCAGCCACGGUGUCCUGGGACGUCCCAGAGGGAGACAUCAUCAUCGGCUUCUCUAUCUCACAGCAGAGGCAGGAUGGUCAGAUGCAGAGGCUGAUCAGGGAAGUGAACACCACCAGCCGUGCCUGCGUCCUCUGGGACCUGGAGGAGGAGACCGAUUACAUCAUCCAGGUCCAGUCCAUCGGGCUGUAUGGGGAGAGCCAGGCCAGCAAGAGGGUCCACUUCCGAACCCUGAAAAAAACAGACCGCUUUCCUUCCAACAGCUCCAAUCAAGAUGAUCCGACCGUACAGGGUCUGGAUAAGUCCAGACACCUGCAGACAGGAGAGAUGAUCAUCAUUGUGGUGGUGCUGGUUAUGUGGGCAGCCGUCAUCGCCCUGUUCUGCAGGCAGUAUGACAUCAUCAAGGACAACGACUCCAGCAACAGCAAGGAGAAGGCCAAGCCAUCCUCAGAGCGUAGUACCCCCCAGCACCACAGUGGGGGGCUGCUGAGAAGCAAGUUUCACCAGUCUGUGCCGUCCAUCAACAUCAUUGAUGUCUGAUAAGAGCCCUGCACUCACCAGCCCUCUGUCGUCACCUCCACCACCUUCUCACUGGCAAGAGCAGCGCAAAGCAUAAGGCCGUCAGCCUGACUGCGGAGGGGACAUAGGCUUCACUGUGCAGGCAUCCGAUUCCACCCUCUCAAAGGCACACAAACACCACCCCCCCCCCCCCCACCCCCGCUGUGGGGAUGCUGAACAUGACAAACGGAAUAAUAUACAUGACAUUCGGCGUCAUUCAUCGCCAAACCCAUGGUUGCGACAAACAUUAUCCCUGGGGUUGGCUCUCAGAGAGUGGAGGCUGGAGGUUUUGGAGGGAUUCACCUACAUUACACAACAUAGGAAGAAAGCUGAUUUUUUUUUGAUACGACAGAACUACAGCUGUUUUUGUUAUUUCUCUGGCUUGUGGUCAGCAUAGUUUCCUGUGCAUGCUCUCGUUUCUGUUCAGAAAAUGCAGUUUUGUACCGAUACCAUAAAAAGAGAUUGUCACAGAUGAAUGUUCUGAUGCUAGUUGAUUACUGUGUACAUAACAAAACCUGAAUUUCUCAGUUUAAAGGAGCCUUGCAUGGGAUCAAAUAUGGAUAUGGAAGAUGGAAAUAACUGAAGGUCACUGAAACAGUUUUCAUCGAUUAUUCAUGUGACUCAUUUUGUCUAUGACAAUGCAUUCUAAACAACAUACAGUUAUGCACAUAAGUAUAUCAUUUAAAGAGUUGCAUGUUGGUCAUUAAUCUGUGAAGCAAUAGUGUGUGGUUUGUAAUAAGCACUGUUCUAAUUUAGUAAAUGAAUGCAAGAAUGAUAACAAUAGGAGUAAUAACUAUUAUAGAUGUCUAAUGUAUGUUGACCUAUAAUAUUUAUAUCACAUAUUGCUGAAAGUAGGCUUAGAUUUACAUGACUAUUUUUUCAACAAAUCCAAUUUACAGCAAUGUUUUGUUUCAUUCAAUGUGUUUUAGGGUUAUAUUCAUCAGUUGUAAAUUGCACCACAGUGAGAGUAAUGUAUAUUAUACU